GACCUCACAUGCGCAGUUGAAGAACAGCACAAACAAACCUUCACAGAAUUGCACCCAUGGAGGAAGAUAAUUCUCAAGAACUUCAACAUGCUCACUCAGAGUUUAAACGGCAGAAUUUCAAACAAGCGGAGGAACUGUACACAAACUUCAUCUCCUCCUGCUUACAGUCCAGGGGUUGUGUGGCUAGUAAUUUAGCCACUGCUUAUAACAACCGCGGACAAAUAAAGUAUCUCCGGGUGGAUUUUCAUGAAGCAGUUGAUGACUACACUUCGGCAAUACAGGCUGAUAGCCAGUUUGAAAUACCUUUCUACAACAGAGGGCUCGUUCACUAUAGACUGGGAUUUUUUGAUGAUGCCAAGAGUGACUUCCAGCAAGCAUUAAAACUCAAUCCAGACUUUGAAGAUGCCAAAUUGAGUCUGCAACAGACAAUUCAGGACCAGCAGCACAAGAUAAACAGGGGAUACUGACGAGCUCAUACAGUACAGAGUAUAUGUUUUAUACAUCCUAAAAAUUGGGGAUUAAAGAAAACGUGCUUUCUGUCAUGUGUUGGCAGUUCACCUUAAUUUCUAUGAAGCCUUUGUGUAACAAAUUAAGAUGUCAUUAUUUAGUCUAAAGAUGAACAGUUUUGUUUUCUAAAGAUGUCAACAUGAAGAUGAAUCUAAAAUGAAAUACAAAUAUCAUUAAAACAGUCUGCACAAGUAAUGCUGUCGCUGAAAAAUCACACUGGGUCUGGCAUGACACUUAUCUGUAUUUUUUGUUGAGCAGAGCAAUAACAAUUCAUUUUCUUUACUGACUCAAAAAUUGUAACAGCCUUAUAAAAUUAAAGUACAUUAGUCUGUCAGUGGCCUGGGUGGACUGAUUGACCCAGGUGCACCAGAGAAAACGAUGAGCUUGGCUUUUACAAUCAUUAAUGAAGCCAGUGGGAUGAAGUUUGUGAUUAUAAAUAAGUUAAGUAUUUAAAUACUUAAAUUAUAAGGAAGCUCUCAGCUGUGAAUGCAUCUUAAACUGAAGCUCAGUUUUAAGGUGAUAAAUGGAUAAAGGAAAGGUACUUAGAGUUGUUUUUUAGUAUGGAUUACUUUGAAAAAACAUUUCUAAUUUCAAGCAAAGUUGUAUAUGUUUGUAAUCAGUGAAUAAAUUAUUUUUAUUAC